AUGUCUCAGCCACACCUUGUUCUCGGCGUUCCUCCUUCGUCGUGGGACGAAAGUUUAUCUUUCAAAAUUCAUUGUGGACUUUCAGAGGGUGUUAUUAGAAAUAUCGAACCUGUUGGUCGUUAUUUUCUCGCACAUGCUCGUCGAAAGCUUAAUAAUCAUAGCUUUUCUGAAGACGAACGUAUUCAAGCUGAGGCCAAUGCAAAACAAUUAGAAGUCAUUCAAGAUGAAGACUUUGAAGAAGAGACACCUGAAUUAUUGUCACGAGAUCCCAAGGAUUGGAAGGAACAAGACCAUUAUGCAAUUUUGGGGCUCUCAAAAUAUAGGUGGAAAGCAACUGAUGAACAGAUCAAACAAGCACCAUAUGAAAUACUUUCUGAUCCUGUAAGACGUCGACAAUUUGAUUCGGUUGAUGAAGCCAUCGAUGAUACUUCACCAAGCGCAAAAGCUAAAGGAGACUUUUUUGAAUUAUAUGGUCCAGUAUUUCAACGGGAGGCUAGCCGAGACGAUAAGCGGUAUAUUGAACGUAAGAACAAGGCUGAAAGAGCAAAAUAUAAAAAGGAAGACACGAUACGGUUGAGAAAAAUUAUCGAUCAGGCAUUAUCUUUAGAUCCGCGCAUUCAGAAAUUUAAACAAGAGGAAAAGGCGGCUAAAGAGGCAAAGAAAAAAGAAAAAGAAGACGCAAUCAAAAAUGCAAAAGAAGCAGCUCAAAAAGCUGCUGAAGAAGAGAGGCUAAAGAAGGAGCAAGCCGAAGCUGAAGCAAAAUUGAAACAACAAGAAGAAAAAAAGGAGAAGGCAAACAAGAAAAAAGUGAUCCGUAACGAGC